GACCCACCCGAAUAACAACAGGGUUAGCAGGCAACAGACACUUGAGCACUUUUAAAGGGAAGAGAUCCAGGCUUGACCUCUCACCAGGACCUUGGAGAAGCUUGGGAACAGCCCACCGCAGAGAUGAAGGGAGAGGCUGGGAACGUCGGGAAGUCCAAGCAGCUCAAUGUGAGCACCCCACCCAGCAUACUGGAGGGACACAUUUGGGGCUCCAUGAGGAGGACGGCUUUCAUCCUGGGCUCCGGUCUUCUCUUGUUUGUGGCCUUCUGGAACUCAGUCACAUGGCAUCUUCAGCGAUUUUGGGGUGCUUCUGGCUACUUUUGGCAAGCCCAGUGGGAGAGACUGCUGUCGACCUUUGAAGGGAAAGAGUGGAUCCUCUUCAUUAUAGGUACCACCCACGUGCCUUGUCUGCUCUUCUGGGCCUUCAAUGGGCUUCUACUGGUGGUGGACACCACUGGAAGACCCAACUUCAUCUCCCGCUACCGAAUUCAGGUUGGCAAGAACGAACCGGUAGACCCCACGAAACUCCGCCAGGCUGUGCGCACAGUUCUUUUCAACCAGUUCGUAAUCACUCUCCCCGUGGCAGUCUUCUUGUUUCCCCUCCUCAAGUGGCGGGGAGACCCCUGCGGCCGAGAGCUGCCGACCUUCCACUUGUUCCUUCUGGAGCUGACCAUCUUCACCCUGAUUGAGGAAGUCUUGUUCUACUAUUCSCACCGGCUCCUUCACCACCCAACAUUCUACAAGAGAAUUCAUAAGAAACACCACGAGUGGACAGCCCCCAUUGGGGUGACCUCUCUCUAUGCCCACCCUAUAGAGCACGUGGCCUCCAACAUGCUGCCAGUGAUCACAGGCCCCUUUGUGAUGGGCUCCCAUUUGUCCUCCAUCACGGUGUGGUUUUCCUUGGCCCUCAUCAUCACCACCAUCUCCCACUGUGGCUACCACCUACCCUUCCUGCCUUCGCCUGAAUUCCAUGACUACCACCAUCUCAAGUUCAACCAAUGCUAUGGCGUAUUGGGGGUGCUGGACCACCUCCAUGGGACCGACACCAUGUUUAAGCAGACCAAGGCCUAUGAGAGGCACAUCCUGCUGCUGGGCUUCACCCCACUCUCGGAGAGCAUCCCCGACUCCCCAAAGAAGAUGGAGUGAAAGGGCCCUUGCCAGUCCUAUCCCAAGAGUGGGAUUCCAAGACACCGAGGCCUCAUGAUUGCACCUAACAACUUGCCUCCUUCAGCCACACACUCUAAUGACGGCACCAUUACGGUAGAGGAGAGGCUGGCUUCCUAGAAAAGCAGGGCCAAGGAUAGGACCAGGGCUUCCCCCAAAUUUCUGCCCUUGUCCUUUCAUGGGACCAGGAGUUAGCUUAAGGAAAAGGAAAAAAAGGUUCCCCAGACUGGAGGCCAGUCAGAGGAGGAAACCACUUUAAGAGGGCUCUGGCCAGGCCCUCUGGUCCUCUGCUGUGGGAUGGAGGAAGGUCAUCCCCUCCCCACUGUCUUGUGGCCUAGGUAAUAUGCAGAGAAUGAUGGAAAGGGCAGUAGGACUAAGGCAAUUUGGGCCCCAGGGAGAGCUCUUUCUGGUGUCAAGGAGUGGGGGAAUCAGAUAUCACUUUGCUUCUUCCUACCCCAAAAGGCUUUUCCAUACCUUAGUCAGGCCAGGGCCAGUUGUCCCUGGCAAAUAGUUACAGGUCUGUUUUUCACAURCCACAUGCCAGUCCCAAUUCCGCCCACUCCCAUCACACACACACAGAGGUCCCAUUUCAACUCUGCCUCACUGCACAUAAACACCCACAGGUGCUCCUCCCUGAUCAACUGAUAACAAGGAAGCACAGGCUACACCCACGAGGACUGCUGAGCUGGGUGCCCUUCACCCAGAAGGAUCAGGGUCACACCCUUUGGGGAUACCUGAGGCUUCUAAUUAACUUACAUGAACCAAAACCAGAGGUGAGAAUCUUUCUUUCCCCCAAGAGGAGUCCAGAAAAAAAUGGCCAAAGGGCAAAACUCUUUUUCUCUGAAAUGGUUAACCAGUUUUCUUAACAGAGUUUAUUUGACUGGGUUUUAGCAGAUACAUUUUUCAGAUGAAAUCUAACCAGGACCCUUUUUAUCUGAAACAAAGCCACAGGGCUAUCUGGGUUUGAAACAAUCACCUACCUCCCUUACCUCCUCUUAGGAGCAACAUGCUCUUGAACCUUGUGGCUCCCAACAAUUCAGACUACUUUUUGAAAGGUCACCAUUACUACCAUUAUCAUUUACCCCCACACUACUGGGGAUUGAACCCAGGGGUGCUCUACCACUAAGCUACAUCCCCAGCCCCUUUUAUUUUUCUAUUUUGAAAAUAGAAAAUAUUGCCCAGACUGACCUUGACCUGGCGAGACUCUUACCAUCAACCUAGAGUCACUGAGAUUACAGAGGCAUGUGCCACCACAUCUAGUUAAUUUACUAAAUUCUUAUAUGUGUACUUAUGCCUAUUACUGACUUUCAGUUCUUUUGGGCCAAGAAAACCACCUACUGUGACCAGGUGAGAUGGUGCACACAGCUGUAAUCCUGUGACCAAGGCAGGAGGAU